AUGGGGGCAUCUGGCCCUGUGGGAGCUAUCAUGGUGACUCUCCUUUGCUGCUGCCUCCUGAGCUCGGCUCUGGUCGAUCCUGAUGAUGUUCUCACAAAAGAAGAGCAGAUCUAUCUCCUGGUGGAGGCCAAGGAAAAGUGUCAGAGGGACAUAAAGGCCCAGCUGGAGAAGAUCAAAGACCCCAGCUGCCCUCCGGAGUGGGAUGGGAUCAUCUGCUGGCCAAGGGGCUCCCCCAGCCAGGAGGUGUCAGUGCCUUGCCCCGACUACAUCUACGACUUCAACCACAAAGGUCACGCCUACAGGUACUGCAGUGCCUAUGGGACCUGGGCCAUGGCUCUCAGCAUCAACAAGACCUGGGCCAACUACACGGAGUGUGCCCUGCUCUUCUCCUCCGAGAGCCGGAGCCACCAGAAGGAGGUUUUUGAUCGCCUGCACCUCAUGUACACCGUGGGCUACUCCAUCUCCCUGGCCUCCCUCAUCGUUGCUGUCUGCAUCCUCUCCUACUUCAAGCGCCUGCACUGCACACGGAAUUACAUCCACGUGCACCUCUUCACCUCCUUCAUCUGCCGGGCCCUCAGCAUCUUCCUGAAGGACAUGGUGCUCUACUCGGGCACGGCGCCCAGCGACGCCGACAGGCUGCGGGAGGAUGACUUCAGGGGUCCCUCGCCAGGACAGCGGGGACACCUGGUUGGCUGCAAGGUGGUGGUGACUCUCUUCCUCUACUUUCUGGCCACCAACCACUACUGGAUCCUGGUGGAAGGGCUCUACCUGCACAGCCUGAUCUUCAUGGCCUUCCUCUCCAAUAAGAACUACCUGUGGGUCCUCAUCAUCAUCGGCUGGGGUCUCCCUGCUGUGUUUGUGUCCAUCUGGGCCAGCGUCAGGGCCUCGCUGGCAGAUACACAGUGCUGGGACCUCAGUGCAGGGAACAUGAAGUGGAUUUAUCAGGUCCCCAUCCUGGCUGCAGUCAUGGUGAACUUCUUCCUCUUCCUCAACAUCAUCCGGGUGUUGGCCUCCAAGCUCUGGGAGACCACCACGGGCAAGGUGGACCCCUGGCAGCAGUACAGGCAACUGCUCAAGUCCACGCUGGUGCUGAUGCCACUUUUUGGAGUCCACUACGUGGUGUUCAUGGCCAUGCCCUACACCGAGGUCUCCGGGCUCCUGUGGCAGAUCCAGAUGCACUACGAGAUGCUCUUUAACUCCUCCCAGGGUUUCUUUGUGGCUUUUAUCUACUGCUUUUGCAAUGGGGAGGUUCAGGCUGAGAUCAAGAAGGCUCAUUUCCGGAGGCUCCUGGCGCUGCACCUGGGGCAGCAGGCACGCCCCGGGAGCUGCUGCUGCACCGGCCGGGACUCCCAGGCCCCCCAAAGCUGCAGCACGAGCCUGGCGGGGCGGGGAGCGGGCGGCACCCGGGGGCUGCUGCUCCCGGCCCAGCCCCGCCUGCCCGGGUACAUCCCCGGCUCCGGCACCUCGGCCCAGCUCCUGCCCUGCCCCGCGCAGGAACUGAGCCAGAAAGGCCGGGGGGAAAACACGGUGGAUUUGACAGAGCUGACUCAGUGUCACCCCAAGCCCAGCAAGGAGCUGGAGACGAUGCUGUGA